AAAAAUUCAGUAGACUGUCGGUGCUCGUGAGGGAGGCACGUACCGCGCGGCCCUCCUGAAACCUCCUGACUUGUGCUCCAGUGAACUGUUGUGACUGAACGGUGAUAGUAAGAGCGAGUGUGAAUGGUGAUCACUGCGACAGUGUACGUAGUUGCCACUGUGUAAGGACUGUGAACAAUAACAAUGGUUACUUUGUUACUUCUCCUAUUUUCAGCAACUUAUGCGGCGGGCGUGUGCUAUUUUCCAGUGGAGUACCAGGGCAUCUUCGCCACUCAGUCCAGCAUCUCCAGCAUCUCCGAGGGCUCCGUCCACCAGUACUCCCAGGUGACCAUCCUGCCGGACGCCAUACCAGUAUGGGGAGUGUGCCACAGGAAGAUCAACAACAAUGUCAUCCUCCGCGACCACACAGGCGGCGAGGAUUGCUUCAGGUGUUUCCACAUCUCCCUUCACUCACGCAACGUCAUACAGAUCUACACCGAAGGCCUUAACAAGUGCUACUCGACAGAGGGAGCAGCCCACCAGACCUGCCCAACCCUACACACCAUCAAGGCUAGGCGAGCCAGCGAGAUCAUGCUCUACAAGUCGCGGAGCUUCACACAAGACGGGCUGAUUGACCGAGUCUUCUGUCCCAUCAACGGCCGCUUCCGUCUCACCUACGACGUCAACGACGGAACGGAGAGCGCCGUAGAGUGCCCGGAGCCCACCUCGGAGCUCUCCAACUGCCCCAAGGGCUCAGAGCUCCAACUCAGGUUCCGCCGGUGUUCCUUCGGGGAGCUGGACAUGGGACUACGGUGCCUGGGGAACUGGGAGGGCCAUGAUGGCCACAAGUACCUGGCCCUGUGGGACCCCGCCGUCACCACCGACAACCAGCCUCGCUACCGCUGUGCCAUGUACUCGGUGGAUGCGGCGACGAGGCGAGUCUUCCUCAGCUUCAGUAUUGACGCCACCUGCACCAACCACCUUCAGAGCCCCCGGGACGGGUACGAGUCUAUGGUCCUCACGCCCGUCACUCCGCCCGCGCCUCCUGCCGUCCUCCACACCACCGCCUGCGCCUUCCCCAGAUGGGCCCAGGGGUCGUGGCAGCACCUCCAGAUCGACGCCAACGAGCUGUGGGUGCAGGACGACGGGGCCGACAAGAAGUACCAGACACUGUGUCUCUCCCAGCACGCCCCCCACGGAGAGCGGUACGCCCUCUACUCCAAGACUCAGUGUGGAGACGAGGAGUUUAGCUGUAUCUGGAUCAAGAAGAGGGCUGUUAACGUUAUUGAGUACCAGAUGGCGGCGGUCCCUAGCCAGCAGUACAACGCCUCCAGGGUGUGCUCCGAUGAUAUGUUCCGAGGGCAGGAGUGGUCUACCCAGGGCCGUCUCGAUCCGGAAAAUCUUUCGGGUUGUCCUAUCACCGGAGAGUACACGGGCGUGAUCCCAGACGCCCAGGAGCUGUGUGCCCGCCUCUCCUCCGUCUGUAGCGACCCCCAGCACAUGCACUACACCGUGUCCUCCUGCUCCAACGACACCGAGGUCUACGAAGAUCGUGGGCGUGUCAGUGACGCGGGCGCAGGCGCGGGCAUAGAGUCCCACCGGCGGCGUCAGCGGGGCGUUUAUCGUGUAUUGGACCCACGCCUCCUGCAGGAGUCCCGCGCCCAACGCCACGCCCUCCGCCACACCCCACGCCACGCCCCACGCCAGCGCUCCUGGGCCUACACCCGCGCAGCGGAGCUUGGCUGGUCCCCUGAUGCGCAGUUUACCACCAUAGGCGCCCAACCGCGGCGCAGAGAGCGACCCCCGAAGCAGAUUUACGUCUUCCACGACGCGGAAAACACCCCUGCGCUGAAAGUUAGUGCGCAGGCGCAGACGCAGACGCAGCAGCACCUUCGGGAGAUGAGCAGCAGUCAGCCACAGGGCACCACCACCACCCGCCUGCCGUACCCGCACGAGCAGCCCUUCUACUUCCGGGUGGAGUCGCAGGAGUCCGCUUGGGCACACCUGCGGGGUGAUGAGCCCGUCACCAUUGAAGAGCGAGAGUACAGGUGCCUGGGACAAUGGUCAGAGGGCGGGGUGAUGUACACCCUCACCCACCGACGCGACGUCGACACCUACGAGUGCUUCGCCGGGGUGGUGGUGAACUCGAACGAGAUCUUCAUCAUCGAAGCCGGCACCAGCUGUAAGAGGGGACUCCAACCCCUCGCUGACGGCAUGAAACUCGUCAGACAAGCCACCUGUAGUGAGAUCGAGGCGAGAUCUUCGACCCCUCCUCCACACCUGGAGGUGACCACCCGCCCCCCCUGGUGGCCCCCCACCACCAAGAACCCCUGGAUGAAGAGGACCUCCACUACCGACUCUCCAACCUGGAGUAAUGAGAUUUCCAGAGAGGCUCACUCCAGCAGUGCCAGAGCCUCCGGACUGCUGCUGCCGCUUCUGCUGACCUCUCUCCUGCUUCUGGCCGCCUUGUGACGUCUCCUCCCUUCGUCAGCCUGCUCUUGAGGAAGCUAUGGCGUCACCGCUCAUAUUAGCCACUCCAUUAACGCGCAACAGCCGUGACGUCACCUGGUGUCGCGCCUCAUAUCAGCCACUCAUCUCGCGCAACAGCUACGACGUCACGUGGUGUCGCGCCUCAUAUCAGCCACUCAUCUCGCGCAACAGCUAUGACGUCACAGGUGAUGCUUCUCAUAUCAGCCACUCAUCUCGCACAACAGCUACGACGUCACCUGGUGUCGCGCCUCAUAUCAGCCACUCAUCUUGCGCAACAGCUAUGACGUUGACAACAGCCACCUCCAACCAACCAAUGACGUCGAGAGAAAUCGUGGCGUCACGGAACCUCAGUUGCCAUUCAUAUCUUUUCCUGCGCAGUUCAUCAUUCCAGUUUGAGAAAACUCGACCUCGCCUUGACAUUAAUCAGCUUUUGUGAAGACAAUGUGAUUAUCGUCUUCUCUUCGUGUUUUACAACUUCUCUAAUAUAGCCACAACAGCAUCAGUAGUAUAUAUAGAUAUACAAAAGCAUUAUACACAGUAUUUCCAACUGCGUCCGUGUGGCGUAUAUCUCUUAUAUCCGGGUUGUGUAUGUGACAUAUAUGUUUAAGGCUUCCCUCGCGUCUCCCUUACGACAUAACUCUCGAUUCACCAUCGAUAGUGACGUCAUUCACUAUCCCUCUCUCUCCAUUCACAUGACGUCAUCGUUAGCGCCCAUUCAUGAGCCUGCUAAGCGACGAAGAUUACGUCGUCCAAUAAGAUUCGUGCAUUCGUUUGACGUCAUCUUUUGGUGUCCAAUUGCUGGCAUUCUCGUUUGCUCCUAUUGCUUCUAGUCAAUAUUCUCUUCUUAUGUGCGUAUAAUAUUUAGAAUGUACGUAGGUAGGGGGUCUGUGAAUGUCAAAUAAAAAAAAAAUAAUGCGUACGGCGGUUGUAAGUCUUACGAACGUCUUAAAAAGAUUAAUUAAGUCUUAUUUUUAAAAAAGUCUCAGAAUUCACGUAUGAACGAAUCUUCUUGUCGUUCACAAACUGUGGAUUAUUUGUUUACAUUUUGAUGGUUGUUCGUUUGGCUUGUUUGGUCGCGCCAGUUUAUCUUCUAAAAAAUGAUAGUAAUUAUAGCAGGUGUGGGAGAAACGCACACAUAUGUACUGUUGUGCUGCAGGUGUGGGAGAAACGUACACAUAUGUACCGUUACGCUGCAGGUGUGGGAGAAACAUACAGAUAUAUACUGUUACGCUGCAGGUGUGGGAGAAACGUACACAAAUGUACUGUUGUGCUGCAGGUGUGGAAGAAUCAUACACACAUAUGUACUGUUGCGCCCCCACACAAAAUCUGCCUUUUGAACUGUGAAUUGUGUUGAGAGAACGAGAAAAAAAAGAACCGCCAAACCUAAACUUUCUUAGGCCUAGUAUAUUAGGCCUAAGAUUGUUUAUUUAAGCCUAGGACAUGUUAACAUUUGAUUGCAUAAUUACCGUUCCAUUGUUUAGCAAUUUGUGGUAUUUCCUGAAUUUUCCUGAAAUUUCCUUUCAAUUCCAAGGAUUUUACCUCUGAAUUUCCGGAAUUUUUAAAUAGCUUAAAACAUCUACUUUCAUUCUUUUGGAGAGAGUCCAACAGUCCAUUUUUUUUACGUUCUACCAAUAGUUGCUAUAAGUACUAUAUCAAUCUUAGAAAAUGGGUGGUGAGAAACACGUGUGUUUAUGUUUAUUCAUGAAAAUCAUUCAUUCAUAUUCAUGAAGUUCAUUCAUCAUGUGGAAUUCAUUCAUAACAGCUGUGUUUACUAUCCUCUUUCACUCUGCAUCGCCGGCCAUCCCUAGUCACAAGCCUUGUGUGUAGUGAUCUCAGCAACAGGUGUGUGUGUGUGUUGAUGUGCAACACGUGCCUAGACGUGAAACAGGUGUACAGAUGCGUUGAUGUGCAACAAAUGUGCUUACGGUCAUCAGAUGUACUGGUGUGUGUGUGUGUCGACUUGCAACAGAAGUCGACUUGUUCAGGUGUGUUAAUAUGCAACAGAUGUCAUAGGUGUGCUGACAUUGAACAGGUGUACAGAUGUGUUGCAACAGUUGUACAGGUAUGCAGACAUGCAACAGAUUUACAGAUGUGUUGAUGUGAAACAGGUUUACAGGUGUGUUGGUGGGCAACAGGUGUGCUCAUGAGCAACAGGUGUAUUGAUGUGCAACAGAUAUACAGGUGUGCAACAGUAGGAGGCACAGAUGUUGCCUCUGGUGUGCUCAAUAUCCUUACGAAAUAUAUAAAAUCUAUACUGUAUGAUUUUACACAUGUUAUUCAUUCAUCUUGUGGCGCACCGUAGGCCUAUACAGUUAUACAUCUUGUAGUCCACAGUAGGCCUAUUCAUUUAUACAUUUUGUGGUUCACAGUAUAAUCAUACAUUUAUACAUAUUCAAUGUGGUAGACAGUAGGCCUAAACAGUUAUACAUUUUGUGGUACACAGUAGGAUCAUACAGUUAUACAUAGUCCUUGUGGUUCAUAGUAUGUCUAUACAGCUAUACAUAUACCUUAUUGUAUACAGUAUACAUUUACAGCUCGGAAUGAAUGUGCCACAAAAAAAUAUGAAGGUAUCUUUUGUAAAAACUGUAAAUUUGAUUUACAGUUUUUUAAAUUGCACGACGCAAAUUUUUGCCAUUCAAGUAAUUCGACUUCAAAUACUAUGAAUGAAUUUUAUGAAUGCAUCAUCGGCAAAUCUAAUGAAUGAAUGAAUGAAUUUCACGUUUUCUGUCAUCAACGUAGUUAAGGAUUACGGAAAUUGAAAAGUAAACUUUGUGAAUAGGCUGCGUCUCUUUCUCUCUCUCUUUCUCUCUUUUGACGACGAACUAAGAUGCUUAUAGCUUGCUCUUCUCACCGCCAUGCACCUCCUUGGCUCUGUCAUGAAGCAAGACGCCCUCACCUUCUGCAAGUUCUACGAGUUGUACCUUAAAUAGACAGUAUUUUUUAUCCUUCGUUUUCCUAUUGAGGGGGAAACUAUGGCAGUAUUGUUUGCCUUGAUAACGGGGCUAUAUUAUGCUUUACCUUCUACAAAUAAAUAAGUGUUUAGUUGCGAUGUUCCGGGUCAUGCUGUAGCGCUCGUUUUCUGACGGUUCUAGUCAUUCCCAAUCCUUGUAUAGUGAUCAGCCAGUCCCAGCCGGGGCUGAUUGGUCGUGUGUGUGGGUUGUAUAUAGAACAAAUGUUACACUAUUAAUAUUGUAUAUACACCUGUUGUUUUCUCUAUGUUAUAGAGCUCUUGAUGUGGAAUGAAUUGCGAGAUUAUAUUCGUGUUGUAUAAUGGCCUAAUUGCAUUAUAUAAUUGAUUACAUCAAACAGUUAUGCUAAUGUGUCAUUAGUGUAUAGCUACCUGGUUGCAUGAUUAACUAUAUUGCAAUCUAUUUCCGGCGAUGGGAAACUGCUCUGGCGAGGUUGCAUCUUGGCCAUAUACUCGCUUAAAUACUCUUAAUAAUCUCUCACCAUCUGCAUGUGAUUUUGACAUAGCACAUGAAGUUUUUUUUCUUAACUUACCAUCUUGGUUCUUAAGUUCUGGAAGAAUUUGACCUUGGAAAAAUUCAGUUAUGUUGACCAAUUCAUUAAUUUCUGUAGCACCAUGACGUGCCGUGUGUCCCUUUGCAUUAGCUCAAACUGCUAUGUGUGUAUUCAUGUGUCAACUAAAUAUUGCAAUUGCGAAGGUCAUUAAAAUAUAUGUAUGUAUCUUCACAGCAUGACCAGAUGUAUCUUAUAGUUGUAAAUAGGUGUAAAUACAUAUGUUUAUGAUACCAUACGGUGUGUAAAAAUAUAUAUGCAGAAUAAUUAUUGAUAUCUUGGCAAUAAAGGAGAAGAUGCACUGA